ACGGAAGUGUGAAUAUGAUUGAAAAGUUUACAUAGUUAAAAAAGGUAUCAAUAUUUUUUCAAAAUUGGGGUUUGUUGCCAAAUGCUCUAGUACGCUCCUGUUAAAUGAGGUAACGCUGUCGGUGAAAUUAUCAAAUUAAAAAGUGGUGGUGGUGGUGGUGGGGGGGUAUUGGUUAGAUUAGGGGGGGGGCCUUGGUUAUCCCACCAGGAUGUAUGGAGCGACACACAGCGCCGGCUGGGAAAGGAUAAAAAGGAGACUCAACUUUACAUCUAUCUAUAUACUGUCUGUUUGUAACUUUGUUGCCUGGAAAAUUUUCAGAUUUUUGUAAAAUUGUGAAAAAUCCACAAAAAAUAGUAAAUUCGCGAACUUUUUUAUUCUUGUUUCAUCAAAGAUAAAAUGCUGAAGACUAAACAAUAAUUAUAGGUUGAAAUAUAUAGCCUAAUUGCUUUCCAACAACUUUAAUAACGAGUCAGAUUGAUUGAUUGAUUGAUUCCUACUGUACCAUGUACAUGUGUACAUUUGAAAAACUAUUAAAAUCUCUGUACAGUAACAUCUCUUCUAUUCGUACAUUUUACUUUCUUGAACUACUGUACAGUGAAGUAGAUACAACUGCAGUACACUACAAAACGUCAACCAAAAUGCAAAAAUACAACAAUAAAAUUUUAGGUUGGAAUGAUGUGUCCUGGCAUAACAAAAACAUAUUUUCACCAAACAUAGAAAGUUUGGCUGCUGAAGGUGUUCUUCUAGAUCAAUAUUAUGUAUUGCCAACAUGUACACCCUCCAGGGUGGCCAUGAUGACAGGAAAAUAUCCUUACAGUAUGGGAAGACAGCACAUGUAUAUAAAACCUUUAAUGCCAGCUGGACUUCCUGUUAAUGUCAAGAUAAUGCCACAGUAUUUUAAAGAGGCUGGAUAUGUAACUCAUGCCAUUGGUAAAUGGCAUUUAGGAUACUGUCAUCAAAACUAUACUCCAACCAACAGAGGAUUUGAUUCAUUCUAUGGAUUCUACUUGGGAUCUCAGGACUAUUAUUUGCACAACAAGAUUGAAAAUAUGGAUACUGGAUAUGACUUUAGGUUCAAUGAAGACAUUCUUAGAGGACCAGAAGUUGAAGGAAAAUACUCAACCGACUUGUUUGUAAACAGAGCAAAUACACUAAUUGAAGAACACAAGGAUGGAGACAAACCAUGGUUCACAUAUCUGUCAUUUCAAAGCGUACAUGAUCCCAUUCAGGUUCCCCGUGAAUACACAAGCAAUCUGUGUAGGUACAAAGACCAGACUAGAUUCUACUACAGUGCUAUGGUGCAUGCACUGGAUAGUGCAGUGGGCAAGGUGAUAGACGGACUAAAAAAAUCUGGGCAGUAUGAGAACACAAUAAUAGUGUUUACCACUGACAAUGGUGGAGCAGUAAACGCUGGUGGUAAUAAUGCACCCCUCAGAGGAACCAAGGGGACCCUCUAUGAAGGGGGAACAAGAGGAAUCGGGUUUAUUCAUUCUCCUCUACUCAAACAGACAAAAUACACUAACAAGAAUCUAAUGCAUGCAGUGGAUUGGUUGCCAACCCUUCUCACAGCUGUGGGUCAAUCUAAUUUAACAGAGGAGCUUGAUGGCAUGGACCACUGGGCUUCUAUUAAUUCAGAAAAAGAGGCUCCCCCCAGAGAUGAGAUGGUUUACAACAUAAAGGAGAAACCCUUCAAAGCUGCAUUACGAAAGGGAAAGUACAAAUUGCUGUGGGGCAGCUUGUCACAAAAGGAUACUUGGUUCCCAGCUGCAGAAGAAAUCAUAAACAAAAACUCUUGCGAUAACAUUAUCAGCAGCCGAUCUAAAACUCCUUUAGUGAAUAAAAACCAAGAACGUUUCAUUGAACCACACACAAUUGAUACUGUUGAGAGUCUUUUUCUAAACAUCAGUGAAGAUUUUGACUACGAGGAUGAGAAUAAAGAACUGGAGGCCCUUCAAUACCAAGCUUAUGAAUCUCAAAGACGAGGAUAUCCAGAUGAAUAUUAUUAUGAGGAUGACAUCUCCAACCAAGAGAUUCAAGAAGAGGAUGGUGAAGAAGAAAACUUUGAGAGCAUAGAACUUAUGGACCAAGAAAAGGAAGGAAGUAUGGAGGCUAACUCCAGCUUUGCACGUGAGGCAAGGAACAAAAAACACUUUGAGAGGAAUCAGAAAAGUCGAAAACACAAAAAAGGUUUGCAAAACAAAGGUGGAAACAAAAAGAAGAAACAUCCUUCUGGUAACUUCAAGAGAAGAUUUACCAACAAGAAUGGGGUCUUAAUUAAACCAUGGGGCAAAACCUUUCUGUAUGAUCUACAGGCUGACCCUGAAGAGCGCAUAGAUUUAAGCAAUGAGUAUCCUGACAUUGUUAGUGAUCUUAAAGACAGAGUUAUGAGACACUUUGAAAAACUUCUUCCUAGAUUUGCCCCAGAUGAUUUAGAGGCUGGAUAUCCAAAAUAUUGGGGAGGAGUCUACAGUCCUGGUUGGUGUGAAGCUAAAUAUAUUUGAGUAUAUGUAUAGAUUUAUUAAUAAUAAAAAAAUAAAAUUCAUAUCUUAGAGCAUUGUGCAACAAAAGUUCAACAGAGCAUAAUAAUUUUUUGAAGUUUUUAAUUACAAAUUUGUUUUAAAGUCAACUCUGUAGUUUAAAACCUCAUACUUCUUUUUACAAACCGGGAGGUCUGAGGGGGGGGGGGUAUCCUCCCCCCACCCCCAAAAAAAUGCCUUUUAAAAUAAGUUUGGAUGUGAAGUUAUUAAACAAAUUUUUGAAGCCUAGCUAACUUAAGAAAAAACAGUGACAAGUAUAACAAUAUUCUUUGUAAAAGGUGUAUGUUAUAAUGUUUAUAUAAUAUUUACAUAAUAUUUAUAUAAUAUUUAAAUCAUUUAAGCUUUUCUCAAAUCACCCGGACCACUCUUCAACUGUAAGUUAUGUAGCCUAACUGACAAUUAUGUACCCUUACUGAUGCAAUACAUUUUUUUGAAAACAAAUAUUCCGUUAAUUAAUAGUUUUGAAAAGUCUAUAUACUUAAAGGACUUGUAUAAAUGAAAGGAAUAUGACAAACCACCAAACUAUUCUUCAGAAAAUUGUUUGUUCAGUAAAAGGUUAGGUGAGGUAAGAUUAGGUUAGGCUUUGUUUAAAAAAAAUUG